AUGCCUCACUCUCUCCUUCUCAACGCCCUCUUAGCGGCAGCGCUGCUCUUCUCCGCCGCUGCCAUAUCCCCGUCCCCGUCCCCGUCGCCCACUCCUCCUGCCUCCCUUUCCCCUCCCUGGAGAUGGGCUCCCAUCACCAAGCCUCCUACCCAACCACCAACGCCGUCCCAUGAAACCGAGCCCAGUACUCCACCGCCGUCGCCUACUUCAGUUCCGCCGCCGGCCCAUCACGAUGAGCCACCAACUGCACAACCAGAUUCCCCUUCUCCGUCUCCGACGUGGAUUGCCGAACCGCCUUCGGAAGCACUGUCGCCGUCGAAAGCAAAGAGUGAUGGGUUUAAGAACAGCUUCUCGAUGGUAGGAUCGGUGGCUAUUGGAGCAAUGGCUGCUGCUGCUCUCCUUUGA